AAUGUCAACACACGACGAACACUACAAUAUAUGAAAAUGAAUUUCAUUUGAGCUCUGGAAAAUACAAAACCCAAAUUUAGCAAUGGAUGAUGACAAGAAAACGCCGUCCGAUGAGCAACCAAAAAUGCUGCAGCUGCCAGACGGCCUGGUGGGCGAAACCGAAACGGAUAACCCGCAGCUGCAUGUGGAAGUGGCAAUGGAGAUGGUGGCGGAGGCAGAGCCCAAGCAUGUUAGCUUUGAGCUGCCCGGCACCAGCUGGCAGGGCACAUUGCAGCAGCGCCAGCAGCUGGACGAGGCCAAGGCCCUGGUUAAAGACAUGAUUGAGAUCAUGUUGCCGCGCAGCGAGCCCGAAAAGGAUGCAGAUGAGGCGACCCUAAUGCAGGAACAGACAGCAGCCACACCCUCACCAUCAACCUCAGAUGCGCUGCGCUACAAUGAUGCGCGACUGCAGCGCAUAUUGCGACUGCUCGAUCGCUACACCCGGAAUCUGGAGGCCAUCGAGGAGCAUGUACAGUCCGCCAACAGUGGACAGCGUUCCACGGUGCAGCUAGAUGGCAACACAGAGCUGCAGGUCACGCAACAUUGUGAGCUUGCCACGCAGACGCUGCCGGUUAAUAGCUUGCGGUUGGAUGUGACCAGCACGUUUAGACCCAAGAGCCACAUUAGAAGCAGCCAGCAGCAACCACAGCAACCACAACAUCAGCAGCAGCAGCAACAACUUAAUCAGCAGGUGGAUAUAAUGCCACCGUGCGAGCGCAGAUAUCAUACGAUUACAAUUAGCACAAAUAGUUCGUCGGCUUUUGCGGCGCCUGCGAGGCCGCGCACUCUGCUGGGCAGAAUUGGCCAGACAUUGGGCGAUUUUGCUGGUGCUUUUUGCCUGUGCCUGCAGGUGAACAAGGAUUGUGUAUUUUGCCUUGGCUUUUUUAUAGCAUUUGUGAUUAGCGCCAGUUUUCUGACCGCCUUCUUCUAUCGCACCAUCAAUCUGACGCAAACGCAGCUCCGUGUGCCAUUGGAAGGGAUGGAGAACACGCCGGCCACGACCAGCGAUAUGGUCACACUGCGUUUCAAUGGUGGCUACUAUUAUAUCUACAACAGUCAGCGGCAGCAUUUUGUCUAAUCCAUCGGAGAUUCUAUUAUGGGCGUGAAGUGUUCAAAUUUGUGGCUUGAGUUGCCCUCUGCAGGCUCAAAUCGUUUCCCAAAUACACAAAACAAAAUAAUAAAAAAACGAAAAAAAUCAAAACCAGUCGCUGUAGAAGUAAUUGCAAUUGUUAAAUUUUUAACAUUGAUUGGCAUAUUAGGAGUAUUCAAGCAAUUGAUAAAUUUACAAGUGUAUAAAU